AUGGGAAUCGAUCAUCCAAGUUAUGGUGAUGUAGGUGGAACUUUGGCUUUCGCUAAAUUUGAGAAUUCGAGUAGAUGCACGGUGCAACAAUUGCCUGAGCAUUUGGCCAUUCUGGUGAUUCCCUUGUAUGAGGCACUGAGUUUUGGAUGCGAAUCCUACGCAGACGUAUUGUCAAGGUAUGAUUCCAUUGAUAUCUCAAAUUCUCCGGAUGAAUCCAUUUUUUACUCUGGAGGAUAUUCACACGGAAAACCUACAACAAUCACAGCAGUCACAGUUUCAGAAGUGAAGAGUGGUGAAUUAGUCACGUUAGCACAGACAUCAGUCCUGGUUACAACGGCAAGCAAUGGUUCUUUGAUUACGUCAACGCAAGUGUCAGUUGGUGUUAUAACGGCGAGUAGCAAUUUCCUAAUAACCUCGACAUAUACUUCGGUUCAAACACCUUCUGAUAACGCGGCAGCAACUAUCACCGGAGCAGAUAAUACACAAAAUCGAAAUGUACCUACACCAAACACACAGGGUACACAAACAUCACCACCUCAACAAACAACCCCUAUCGCACAACCAGGAAACACGGUCAUCAACGUGCAACCCAGCAACGUAAUACAACAAGUAAGCAACGUAGUAAGCCAAGCCACUAAUGGUGUACUGCAACAAGUCUCUAACGUGGUAAAUCAUGUCACUCCCGUCGUAGCACCAGUCACUAGCGCCGUUGGUCAGAUCGUCACCCAAGUCGCCUCCCAAGUUGCGCAAGUCCCCUCCGAUGUAGGGCAAGUCGCCUCCCAAGUAACCUCCGGAGUAGGGCAAGUCGCCUCCCAAGUAGUGCAAAUAGUAUCAUCGGCAUCAUCGGUUGUGCCAUUAGUCCUACCAACUCUUCUCAAACGCGACCCGCCUUCCAACAAUGACACCAACAUUCCGAAAGUAAUUAUCUUUAGUUCUUCAAAUAAUGGCGUCCCAGGUUUAAAUGAAUUAUACAAUGGGAACCGAAAAGCUCUCGAUCAAUCCAUACCAGGAUUAGCAUUGCUAUCAUAUCAGGACGAAAAGAGUUUACGUGAGGAGGAAUCAAAUGAAACGGCAAAAAUCGGUGUUGAAGUUAUUGCAUGUUCAUUAUCAACUGCCUCCCGUAUUGCCUCGGAAUACCUCUCUUUUCUUAAUCCCACGAUUUCAAAUUUUUGGACACAUCAGACGUUGCAAAAUGCCUCGAUAAUAAUAAACUGCUUAGUAAUAAUUUUAAUCUUACAAGAUGAAACUAUUGGUCGUCACUUGCCGACUUCAGAUAUGCCUGUAAAGAUUGACAGUUCAGUUGUCGAAACUUCUACGGUGUCCGCCAACAAUCUUACUAAUGAUGAUUUACCAGAACAACAUAGAAAUUCCAUCAUGCAACCUAACAAAGAAAUCGAAGAAAGUGAGGAUGACAGAAGUUCUAUAAGAAUCAUCUCGAGUUACUACGGAAAUAAUAGUAUCCGUAGUGUCGGUAGUAAUGAUUCAACAACACUGGCCACAAGGCCUAGCGAUUUCCUGUCAACCAGACCUAUAAAUAUAGGCGGAGUAAGUAAGAAUUUUAUGCAUGAACGGAGGGAUAGCGAAUAUAGCAGGGCAUCAAUGUUCAAGGGGUUUGAUGAUGAUGAUUCCAAAAGUAAACCUAUCAUCAUGGACGAAGAAGAAGAGAACGUUGGCGGGGAACCAUCUACAUUAAAUGUUCUUGAACCUGUGCAUCUAGAAGAUUAA